AUGUCCCAAUCCUUCACCCCCGCCGACGUCGCCGCGCACAAGACCCCCGACAAGGGCCUGUACAUCAUCAUCGACAGCAAUGUCUACGACGUCACGAAUUUCGUCGACGAGCAUCCCGGUGGUGCGAAGAUUCUUAAGCGUGUUGCGGGCAAGGAUGCGUCGAAGCAGUUUUGGAAGUACCACAACGAGAAUGUGUUGAAGAAGUAUACGCCCAAGUUGAAGGUUGGGGAGGUCAAGGAUGCUGCUAAGCUGUGA